CUGCGUUGGGAACACAGGACGCAAAUCAAGUGAAACAAAUCUGCUGACAGAAGAAAAAGUUCAUGCUGGAGUUUUCAAAGACCUCGGAGGGACACAUGAAGUCCAAGCUGAAUAUGGACAGCUUGACCAAGCCAGAGUUGCUGAUGCUCUUCAGCAUCCUGGAGGGAGAGCUGGAGGCCCGGGACGUGGUCAUCGAUGCUCUAAAGGCCCAGCAUAAAGAGCUGUACAUCCAGGAGCGAUACAGCAGGUACAACCUGAGCGACCCCUUCCUGGCUCUGCAGAGAGACACCGAGGCUGUCGGGGGUCAGACCAAGGACACAGGCUCUUCAUCCCCCACCUCCAACCCUCUAGUAGUACUCAAACUGGUGGUGAGUCACUGCAGGAGGAUGCAGGAGAAGAUGCUAGCCCAGCUGGCUGCAGCAGAGAGCAGGCACAGAAGGGUUAUUGCAGACCUGGAGGAGGAGAGGAGGAGGCACGCUGAGGACACAGCAGAGGGAGAUGAUGUCACCUACAUCCUUGAGAAGGAGAGGGAGCGCUUACAACAACAGCUGGACUUUGAGCGGAGCCAGGUUAGGCGGCUGGAGAAAGAACAGCGGCGGAUCACUGACCAGCUGGAAGAAGAACGGGCUCAGCACAAACAGCUAUCCUGCGCCUUGGCCAAAGAGUGCAAGUGGGCGAGUGCCAGAGCUCUGGAGGAGGGUCACCGGCUGACUGAGCUGAGCCGCAAACAUGACAAGGAGAAAGAGGCUUGUCAGGCCCUGAGAAUGGAGCUGGAGGAGGAGAGGAGGAGAGCCCUGAGGAUGGAGGCGAGGGUGGAGGAGCAGCUGGCUGAGUUCGACACAGAGAGGGAGCAGCUUCGCUCACGUUUGAAGAAAGAAGAGGCUCACUGUUGUCAGCUUCAGCAACAGGUAGAGGAGCUGAAAAGGAAGUUUGAUGAUUCGAACAUUAUAAGAAAUGUAACGGACGUAGUUCCAGCUCCAGAGGAGGCAGAAAAAAAGGAGUGGGCAAAAAAAGUUCCUCUGAGGAAGCAAGACACUAUUAAGGUUGAGGACUUUGAGGAAGACGGGAACCCACAACCUGUGCAUCAAAAAGUCACCAACGGUCACCACUGUCUGAUAGAGACAAACGAGAACCAGAGUCCAGACACCACCUCAGAGAAGAUCUGUUUACAGAAUGAAAGUGAAAACCAGACCCAUACAUCACUCUCCACCCUCCCUCCGUCUUCACCUUGUGCUUCUCCUGUUCUUGCUAAAUGCCCACAAGGCAGCCCGAGCCCUGCAGGCUACCAGUCUCCAUACCAGGCCGGGAUCAACCAGCGCUUCCACGCUGCCCGCCAUAAGUUCCAGGGCACCAUUGACCCCGAAUCCCAGCCACAGGCCACGCAGCCCCCCCUCUCUCCAAAGGACACCCCGGCUGUGUCGAGCAGCCCCUCCCCAGAGCCCAGCCCAGUGAAGCAGAUGGCGCGGAGCACAGUCACUCAGGUCCUGUCCCGCUUCACCACAGCCCAGCAGAGCGUCGCACCGAAACUGGCAGCGCCCAACAACUCACCCUUCGGUACGGACUACCGAAACCUGGCAGCACCCUUGUCUCCUAUCAUUGGAAGAGCGGCAGGAGUGCUCCCACAGGGGAUCAGAUCUCCCACCAUCGCACGGGCAGACAGGGGUAUCCCUCCACCCAUCCCACCUAAGAAGCCCGGACUGGCACAAGCCCCUCCCUCCCCCGCCGCAGUGCCCAGGUCAAACAGCCAUUUCUCAGACAGUCCCCUCUCAGGCAGCUGUGGCCUAACGUCCAGCCAGGAGGGAGUCAAAGAACUGGACAUGGUGGUGUCUUCUAAUUAAACGAUCAUCUUAUUCAUAAAUAAAUCAGUCAGCUGCUGCUCUGCUUGUUACAUGGUGUUUAAUCAAUCUCUCAUUAUAAUGACUGAGAUGUUAUGUACAUGACUGGUUUUAUAUCAGUAUGCAUUUUUCUUUUUUUUUUUUUUACAAAGGGCCCUUUAAACACUGUUAUAACUGUAUUUAUUAGAUUUAAAACAAAUACGCGAUAAGGUGCUACAUGUAUUUUAUAUAGUGAAUGGGCUGGUACUUAUGAGCAAAUACAAAGGAUAGUUAUAAAUGUGCCAAUACUGUAUUCAAGGCAUACCAUACUGUUUCAGUAUAUUUAACCAUUUAAUAGUGUCAUAUUUCCAAACACCAAUCAUUUCUUUCGCUGAAGAAUUGUUCUUUCCCCCUUUACUCUGUUUUGAGUAUUUGUCUUGCCAUUUAAUUCAAUAGUAAGAAUUGUAAACCUUUUUCUGUAAAUACAUCUUCAGACCAGCUUAACAAGCAGUCCUUAGACCAAUGUUUGUGUGCACUCAAAUGUAGUUUUUUUUUUAUACAAAUGUAUAGUUCAUUUUAAUUUUCUAUUUUUUUAAAGUAUGAAAGUUUUACACAACAGAUAUCCAAUCCAGACAGAGUAUGAAUAAUCUUAAUGUUGCACAGUGGUGAUGUUAAUCCGAUAGGCUCAGAUUUCAAGCAGGAUCCAUCGUGUAAUACCUUGUUUUAAAAAUCAGUAAUUCUAAUGCUAAACUUUUGUCAUCUAUAGGAAAAACCUAAAAUGCAUUUUAUAUCAACCAUGGCUUCAUAAUGUAACUCGACUGUUGUGUUGUUGAUCUCUAUUUUUUAUCAGAUCCAGUAAUGUAUAUUCUGGGGAGAGACAGAUUUAAUAAAUGAAUCCAAAAGGUU